AUGGAGUCUAGAGGCAAGGGGCUCGACACGGAGAAUAGUGAAGACAACCAAGUAUUUAUUCCAAUUACCACAGCGCAGACCCAUUUUUGGGGGAAUGAUCGGGUGGGGCAUAUCCUGAUCCGCGCAAAAGACCAUCAAUCUGUGGAUCAAGCGGUGAAGGAGGUCAAGACGGUCUUGAAGCGCAACCAUGAUGGCGAGGAGUUCUUUGAAACAUGGGUGAUGAAGGAGGAGCUAAAAUCUGCGAACCGUAUUAUCAUGGUUAUUGAGCUUAUCCUCGUCAUUAUUGCCUCUGUUUCUUUGGUUGUUGGUGGAAUUGGUAUCUUGAAUAUCAUGCUGGUAUCCGUCACUGAGCGCAUCCCUGAAAUUGGGCUGCGUAAAGCUGUUGGUGCGAAGAGCCGGGAUAUACGCGCACAGUUUCUUAUUGAGUCGGUUAUCCUGUGUCUCAUAGGUAGUCUUAUAGGUAUUGCUCUGGGAGCGGCGUUGGGCAGUGGCUUUGCGUGGGCGGUGAGUAAGUUUAUGAAGGAUGUUAUUGAGUGGCCCUCUAUCAUCACUGCUGAAUCGGUGUUGACGGCUGUGUGCGCAGGUGGGGGUGUCGGCGUAUUUUUCGGAUACUAUCCGGCAAGCCGCGCCGCGAAACUAACACCGAUUGAAGCACUGAGACAUACAUAA